AUGUUUAUCUCUCUCAGAUGCGUUAGAGUCGUUGUUUUUUUCUGUUUUCUUUUUAAAUCUAUCUAUCUAUCUAUCUAUCUAUCUAUCUAUCUAUCUAUCUAUCUAUCCCCCUAUAAGGUGAGGACAAACCGUCUUUCGUUGUAUAAAGUACAACUUCAAGAGCUACAAGCGAAUAAAACAGUAUUAGUUAAAAUAAGAAUUACAAUGGAAACAAAAUCUGCUUUCAAACUCGCCUGGUUCUACCGGAAUGCCAUCAUCGUAAUCCUGGUCCCGAUUAUAUUAUUGCCUUUGCCUCUAAUACUGGAUUUAAAGGAAGCUAAGUGUGGCUACGCAAUCCUUAUCAUGGCGAUAUAUUGGAUCACAGAAGCACUUCCGAUCCCAGUUACUUCGUUAUUACCUGUCAUACUCUUUCCCAUGCUGGAAGUUAUCCCAGCAAAAGAGAUUUCAAAGUUCUACUUAAACGAUACUAUCAUGUUGUUUGUUGGGGGAUUGCUAGUGGCGAUCGCAAUUGAAACCUGGCAACUUCAUAAAAGAAUUGCACUUCGCAUUUUAAUGUUAUUUGGGUCAGAACCAAGAUGGUUAAUUCUGGGUCUGAUGUUGAACACUUGGUUCCUGUCAAUGUGGAUCAGUAACACAGCUACCACCGCCAUGAUGAUGCCGAUUGCAGAGGCAGUUCUUCAGCAGCUGAGAAAGACAAAAGAUCAAAAAAUAACAGUGAGUGAUAACCUGGCCAUGGAAAUUGACAAUAUUGAAGACAAAUCAAUACAACUGAAUAAACAAAUUGCAGAUCAACAAGACAUAAGAAAUCUACCACCGAAUAAAGAAAGCAACCUCCAAUUGAAUGCCGAUAAAGACAAUGACAAAAACUUUUCCCGUCUCUGUAAAGCUGUUUGCUUGAGUAUCGCUUAUGCUGCCAAUACGGGUGGUACGGGUACACUUACAGGUACACCACCAAAUUUGGUGCUUAAAGGUCAAGCUGACGAACUUUUUGGUAGUCGUGGUUUAAAGACUGAAGUGACAUUUGCAAAUUGGAUGUUGUUAGGCGUUCCUUUGUCGGUCAUCAACAUAAUCCUUACUUGGGUCUGGCUGCAAACGUUCUUCCUUCGUUGCAGAGGAUUUAGCAGUUGUUGUGGCGUGAAACAGACUGAGGAAGUGAAACAGAAUGUAAAAGCAGUAGUCAGCAGAGAAUAUGAAAAGUUAGGCCCAAUGUCAUUCGCAGAGAUAAUGGUUCUUAUUCUUUUUAUCAUCCUUGCUUUGCUCUGGAUCACGCGGGACCUCCAAGCUGCAGGCGGUUGGGGUCUUUUAUUUGGUAAAAAAUUUGCCUCCGAUUCGACGCCGGCCAUUUUGAUUGGCGUGCUUUUGUUUAUCAUUCCUUCGGAAAUACCAAAAUUGAAAGCCCAAGAAAAUAAUGACGAUAGAGACUCUAAAAAUCCUCCAACACUAUUGACGUGGCCUAUUAUUCAUGAGAAACUCCCGUGGGGGAUUGUGCUUCUACUUGGCGGAGGUUUCGCACUCGCAAAUGCUUCCAAGGUUUCUGGAUUAUCAGCAUUAGUUAGCCAACAACUUAUUCUCCUUUCGUCGAUGACCCCGUGGGUAAUGAACAUGAUACUGGCGUUUAUCGUGUCCAUAGCAACAGAAGUGACCAGUAAUACAGCAACAGCGACUCUUCUGAUGCCCAUUAUGGCUGAACUGGCUCUUGGAAUCAAUUUGAAUCCUCUUUAUCUCAUGAUCACGGCAGCACUUGCCUGUUCGUUUGCCUUUAUGCUUCCUGUGGCUACACCACCCAACGCGAUUGUAUUUUCAGGUGGACACUUGAAGGUUUCCGAUAUGGCUUCAGCUGGACUAUUUGUCAAUAUCUUUUGCGUCCUCACUUUGACGCUAGCAAUCAACACAUGGGGUGAUUCAAUUUUCGAUUUUCACCACGUACCACGUGCGUUUUUUGAUAACACCACCCUCAUAACCACUUUGGCUACGUCCAACGUCAGUCUACCAUAA